UUGUAAACCUAAGUAGUUUUUACACCACAAAAGAACUAAGACAUUUAAAAACAGUUAACAAGUACUCCACUAUAAAUUCUUAACUAUUUCUGCACUUUAAGUGCGUUGUGGUAAAAAAAAAUAAAAAAAAAAAAAAAAAAAAAUACCUGACUUGGUUUUAUUUUGAAAGAAUUCACCGGAAACACACCUUUUACCUGUUCUAGCUUGACAGUGUUGUUUUCCCAGAUCUCCAUCCACGUUGCCGGUACCUUCCCAUCGGCUGGGAAUGGACAGUUUAGGGAGUUACCUGCUGUGACCCUUCACCUCUCACCUCCACCUCCACCUGAUGGAGGUUUAACCACAACAUGCAGAGCGACAGUAGAGACCCGGACAGGCCCGCUCAUCCCGGGAUUCUCCCAUCACAGGAGGCCGGGAAGAGCGAGCAGCAUCCGGCGGAGCGCAGCGUGGACUUCCCGGUGUCCGUGGUGCUUCCUGCCGGCGGCAGCGGAGAGAGAACCGGGCUGCAGACACCCAAACAGUUCUGCUCGUUUCUGGGUCGACCGCUCAUCAGCUACACUAUCCAGGUUUUCGAGAGGGUGUCAUGGAUCCAGAGCAUUGUGGUCGUCGUUGCCAAAGAAAACAUGGACCUGAUGACGGACAUCGUCCAGCGCUUCCAGCACAGGAAGGUUCGAGCGGUGCCAGGCGGCUCGACUCGUCACAGGUCGAUAUUUAACGGAGUCCUGGCUCUGGGCGAGGGGGAGGAGGAGGAGGAGAGGCCGGCGGCGGACAGACCGAAGGUGGUCAUCAUCCACGAUGCCGUGCGGCCUUUUGUGGAGGAGGACUUUCUGUACAAGAUAGCCAUGGCUGCCAAGGAACAAGGGGCCGCAGGAGCUAUCCGACCUCUCGUUUCCACGGUGAUAGCCACCACAUCAGAGGGCUACCUGGAUCAUUCUCUGGAGCGAGCCAAGUACCGAGCCAGCGAGAUGCCUCAGGGAUUCACAUAUGAUGUCAUCUAUCAGGCCUAUCAGAGGUGCAGUGAGUCAGACUUUGAGUUUGGCACCGAGUGUCUCCAUCUGGCUCUGCAGUACUGUGGCACCAAUGCCAAGCUCAUCCAGGGUCCGCCAACGCUGUGGAAGGUAACCUACAAACGGGAUUUGGCUGCUGCAGAGUCCAUUAUCAAAGAGACUCUAUCGCGGUCGGCCUGUGUUAUCACAGGUGGAUCUGCACAAGCCGUGACACUGGCUGAUGCCCUCCAGAAGGCUGUUGGAGCUCUCGACAUGGAGCUGGAUGUCAUCCCAGAUCUGAUGGGAGAAAACGCCACGUAUCUGCUAAAGGAGUGGAACUUCAUCCAGGUUUCUGUCAAUUGUUCUUGCCUGUCUGAAGUGGAGGUGAUCCUGACGGAUUUGGAGGCAGCGAAUCGGGCUUUUCUGCACCCGCUGGUCGUCAUUUGGGUGCAUUUGAGCGGUGCAGAUGAGCUGUCCGUCAGCGGGAGAGUGGUAGAGCCAGCAGCUAUCAUGGACCUGGCCUCAGCAGCUAAGCUCCGAAACAUUCUCCUCUAUGGCAUCCAGCUUCAUCAGUCAAAGGGCAGGAUGUCAACUUUUCACCUUCCGCCGUACGUGUUGUGUGGUAUUGUUUCAACUGAAAUCCAGAAGGAUGAAAAGGAUGCGGAGGCGCUGUCGGUCUAAAGCAGCUCAACCCACCGCACGCGUACAGUAGGUCUAACCUCCGCACUUCAGCUGUGUGUCAUGGGAAUCCGCUUCGAGGCCCGCCAAGUGUGCUCUGGAGUCAUCGGGGUGGAUGCGGUUGACCUGAAAUCCAUAACUGACUGCUCAGUAAUUAUAGGAUUAUAUAAGGUGGAAUUAUUCAUCCCGCGGAGCGAGAAAUGACAGGAUUCAUGCUACCAAAACCGUCAAGUCAAAUCACAACAUUUGGGCCAGAUGUGCAGGGCAAAAAGAAGACAAACGGUGAAUAUUCAUGGAGUUGUUGGCCUUAAAUAUGACAUCCGUUGUGAUUUAUGUUCAUGACUGACUGCAGCAGUUUGAUAAAUGAGGUUUCUUGGCGGCUGCAUCACUUCACAAAUCAAUUGUAAGAGCCUGUGUGCCUCAGGCAAGAAGAUGUCUGAGCAGGUCGGUUUAAUUCAACAAUGAGCUGAAGGAGGAGGCCCGGCCUUCUGUGGUCAGCGAUUCGGCAUCACGUUUCAGGCCUUGGCAUCACGGUGUCACCUAAUUAAAACGAGAUGCUUGGUGUUCUUGAUAGCGAGGCAUGUGAUACGCUGCUGGCCCGCAUAUGAGUUUGAUUCAGCUAUCGGAUGUUGGACAUCAUGGUUUUCCUCUGAAUUAUGGAACUAAUGCUGUUAAUUAGUCAUCCAGCUUCGACAGAGAAAAGGAGAAGGGAGUGGACGGAGAUAAUGCGUGUUUCAUCAUGAUAAAAUGCUUAUCGUUAUGAGAUAGUGGAACAGCAGAAUACAGCCUCGUAUAAAUCACUGUUAGCUUUUUUUUUGUUAUAAUGAGGAUAAUUCUUCCCAGAUGGCCUUAUUCAUACUUGUGGAGAUGCCUGCCAACACCUCCUCUGUCAGCCGUACACUAUACUGUAUAUGAAUAUUGCUCACAAAUUCCAAGUUUGUUUUAUUUCUUUGGCUUUAAUAAAAAAAAAUCUGACAGCAGGCGAUAAUGCACACAAAGUGAACAUGUUCAGGCAAUCAGCCUGAUUGUUGAAAGAAGCAUUAAAUCUGUGCGGGUUGCUUAAAAAUGCAGUUUUUCUUCCAUUUAGUUUUUUGUCCUCAGUGCUUGUUGCUUUAAUUAAAACAGCCCUAUGAAAACCAUGAAAUUAAACAUUUUCAACAUCCAGAGGGAUGAUGUUAUUUUCAGAUUGGUCACAUGAAUGCUGACUAAACAGCCUGGAUUACAUGUUCUGUUCCUUGCAAGGACAGGUCAAGUUUUCCUGUUUGGAAAGUCUCUAUUUUUGGAAGGGAAGAACACUGAAAACAUUUAGUUAUGCUGCUGUUUUCAACAUGUGGUCUUCCUUUGGCAUUUGACAGCUCACUUUGUAUCAAUAAAUAUUAGAUAUAUAGAUGUUACCUCGAGCAUAAACUAUAUUUUAUAGGGUUUCUACACGCAAGUUUGUGACUGUAAAUCUUUUCUUUAAUUUGCGUGUGUACCAACUUCAGCACCUCUGAGAACGAACUGAAAAAGCCCAAACGUAAUCUGUGACUCUCUCCAUUCAGUACAAAGCAGAGCAAUGCAGGCCAACGGCAAGGCAGGCUGUGAAGUUUACAAACUGAGUCUCAAAAUGACCUCACCACAAAACUAACUGUGAUGGAAGUAGAGGAGGGUGAUGGAAACAGGGAGCAGGGUGAGGCAGGGCAGUGAAGUUGGCUCAACUACUUUUGAACCAGACGCUGGUUCAACUUCCUCGUCUGUCGUCUGUCUGAUUGAUUGUUCGACUGACAGCGCUGUCAGCAGCCUGUUAGGAGAGACGCUCUGUGGCGCGCUAGGAUUUCAUAACUGAACUAAGACCGGGAUGCACACUUUUACUUUCUCUGACUUUAUGGAAAUCUGAUGUUUUCACAUCACAGAUGAAGAAUAAAGGUAUUAAAUUGUGGGUCUUAUAUGGAAAACAUUUAGCGUGCAGGUGUGCUGAGCUGACACUAACUGGGCAGGGGAGUGAAAUUUGUAGGCAAGGUGCAUUGAAGAAAAGACAUCGUUCCGCACGUUCUGAGAUUAGGUUUAAAGUGUGAAGUCAUCACAGUGAGUGUCUGACAUAAUACAAUCACUUCUCGCAAUAGUAAUACUUCAUAAUACUUUAGGGAUGCAACAAAUAAUCAAUUAAAUUUAUUAUAAAAAUAGUUGGCGACGAAUUUCACCAUAGAUUAGUUGGGUGUAUGUUACGAUGCACGGCACACGCUGUGCCAUCCCCAGGCAGCCAGCCAAUGCCGCGCCUUGUGUAGCUCACGUGAUGAUUUACAGGAAAUGACGCCAUCUCCUUUGUCUAUGGAGCGAGCAUUUGAAAAACAGCAUAAAAGAAAUACCUUAUGUCUGUUUUCUCUCCGUUUUGUGAUGGAUCAGUGUACCUGGACCCCUGAUAAAGCUAUUUUAAAGCUUUAAAAUGCAUUAUAAAGCUAACGCCCGGCUACAUUGACCGUCAUACGGACACAAAUCAGCUGACACAUUAAUGUUAUUUCUUCACAAUAGAAACUUGAGCAUUAUCUGAUCAAAUAUAUUAGUUACCUUUCCCUUUUAUUCUCAGUGCAUUGCUGCAUCCCAAAUGUCCAUUUAUCUAAUUCCUUUUUUUGUAGUGAAAGAGUAUUGUACAAGAUUAUGAGGAAUAUGUUUGUUUUUUUAAUAAAACACUGGAAACGAUAAAAAGUAGCUUUUUACUUUUUAUUCGACUAAUAAUGGAUUAAUCAAAGUAAUAAUUGACAGAUUCGUCGAUUAUCAAAAAGUUAGUUGCAGCCCUAUAAUACUUAACUUAUACUUCAAAUACUGAGAAAUAAGUAGAAAUAAUAAAUUAGUUGUUAAAUAUCAGGCAGUCAUUGUAGAAAUACUGAACAGGGUAAAUAUUAUGAGAAAUGUGCUCAGUUUUAAGCUGGCAUCAGUGAGGCUUUGUGUCUUGUGAAAGCUAAGACUAAUGUUUGUACAGUCAGAGUUUUCUGGAUUUAACUGCAACGUUUUACCAAAACAUGCUGCUGCCAGUAUACAAUACUUGAAUAUUAUAAUCAGAGCUGCGUGUCACUGGAAAUAUUUUGAAUCCAGUAAACAUUUUCCAAAUAAAAAAUUAGUACUAAA